AUCGCUCAAGAUGCCAGAUAGUGAGAAGGCAUCGGUCUCCAGCUCAACUGGAGCAUCUGCGAAGACACAAGGAUGGUCUGCCUANUUUUGUCAAUUCGUCAAUACUUUCAACGACUUUGCUCAAGGCAAUAUUACUGUCAGCCACUUUCGCUCUGAGAUUGCACAAGCCAGUCUGUACCUUCUCUACCUGGCAGUCGCAAAGUUGGUUGUAUUCUAUGUCGGCACCGUCGCUUUCUCGUUCGCUGCAAUGCGAACAGUCAGAGCAUUGCGCAUCGAUUGCGUCAACAAGACGUUAAGGCAAGAAAUUGCUUUCUUUGACAGCGGCAACACUGGUGCCAUUGCAGUCAAGCUAAAUACCUGUGCUAGUCAUAUACAGCAAGGCCUCGCGGAAAAGGCAGGAUUGAUAGUGCAAGCCAUCAGUGCAUUGAUUACGGCCUUUAUCGUGGCUCUUGCAGUACAGUGGAAGCUCGCUCUCAUCACGAUCUGUAUCAUACCUGCUAUCGUAAUCACCACUGGUAUAGGUAUUGCUAUCGAUGCCUCGCAAGAGAACAGAUGUAUGAAGUUGUAUGGCAGAGCAGGUUCUCUUGCAACGGAAGCAUUUUCGAGCAUUCGUGUGGUCCACGCCGAUUGGUCUCAACCUAGAAUGAUCGAAAGGCAUAACCAAAUCUUAGACGACGCCAAAAGAGAGGGUAUGCGAAAGUCGCUGAACUGGGGCUUACUUUACGCCAACGAGUUCUUCUUCGUCUUUGCUGGUUAUGGUUUGGCCUUUUGGCAAGGCAUUCACAUGUAUGCCAGAGGCGAAAUCGAAGCCCCUGGCAAGAUCAUAACGUAUGUUGAGCUGUCCUUUCUGAGACCGGACUUACGC